UUCAGGCUCAGAGCUCAUCAGAGGAACGGAGCGCAGGCUGUGCGCUCCGACUGCUCUUCAUCUCUAUUUCACUGUUUUUCAUACAGCGCGGGGGAUAUUUUGCCAUUUUUAUAUUGUUAAUUUUUUUUCGAUCAAAUGGGGGAAAAAAUUGGAAGAUCUUGACGGGCUCGUUUUGAUUUACAAGAAAUAAUUGAAUCACAGAGAUGCUUCCUAUUAUAUGGUGAAAAGAAUCUUUGGUUCGGAGCCGUUUUGGAUUACAGGACCCAACAAACGGAUGGUGAUGUAGCCCAGUCAUUCACAGCAACCUGGACCCAGUGGAUUUCCAGGAUCCCAACAUCAGAAAAUCGCAGAGGGAGGAAAACAGUCCGAUUCUAAUCAGCUGGACCGGAACCUAGUCCGGACAAUGCUGCACUGUGCCGACUGUGAGAAGCCUAUUCUGGACAGGUUCCUUCUAAAAGUUUUGGACAGACCAUGGCACAUCAAGUGUGUCCAGUGCUGCGAGUGCAAAUGUAGUCUCACAGAGAAGUGCUUCUCUAGGGAUGGGAGACUGUAUUGUAAGAAUGACUUCUUUAGGAGAUUUGGGACCAAGUGUGGAGGUUGCUCGCAGGGGAUUUUGCCCAGUGAUCUUGUCCGCAGGGCAAAGAGCAAAGUGUUUCACCUCAACUGUUUCACCUGUAUGAUGUGUAACAAGCAGCUGUCCACCGGGGAGGAAUUAUACAUCCUGGACGAGUUCAAGUUUGUCUGCAAGGAGGACUAUCAGAACAACAAUGGGAAAGACACAAUCCUGCUUUCAGUAACGACGUGCAGCGAUCGGAGCCUCUCUCCGGACUCUCAGGAUCCGCAGGAUGACGGGAAGGACUCGGAGGGCGGACACGCGUCCGACAAGGAGACGUGCGGCAACGACAACGACGAGCAGAGCGCCGUGGGUAAGCGGCGCGGGCCUCGGACCACCAUCAAGGCCAAGCAGCUGGAGACGCUGAAGGCUGCGUUCGCCGCCACACCGAAGCCCACCAGACACAUCCGGGAGCAGCUGUCCCGGGAGACCGGCCUCAAUAUGAGGGUGAUCCAGGUUUGGUUCCAAAACCGAAGAUCCAAAGAGCGGCGCAUGAAGCAGCUGAGCGCGCUGAGCGCGCGGAGGCACGUGUUCUUCCGGAGUCCGAGGAGGAUGAGAGCUCUGGGAGAGAGACUGGAGCCUGGAGAGCUUGGCCAUUUCUCCUAUUAUGGAGAUUAUCCCAGUGAAUACUACGGCCCAGGAGGGAAUUACGAGUACUUCCAAGGCCCGCCUUCAUCCCAAGCUCAGACCCCAGCAGACUUGGGCUUUGUCCCAUCCACGGUCCCCGCCGGCACCCCGUUAGGAGCCAUGGACCACCACCACCAUCACCACCACCAACACGCAGCGGUGGGGCAGCAUCACUGCGGCGGAGGAGAGGUACCGUGUUUCUCGGACAGCGCGUCACACCACCCUGCGGACUCGCCCAGCCCAGAGCCCAGCGGGCCCGGUUCCAUUCACAGCAUCUCCAGCGAGCUGUGCGGCCCCGGAACGCCGUUCACCGCUGUGACCCUCAGCGACACCGGAUACAGCAACCAGCUGUCACAGCCCUCCUCUGAACUGAGUGAAGGCACUGCCUGGUAAUGCGGACAAAACUAAGCACUCACUUUAUUUUAUUUAUUUAUUUAUUUAUUUAUUUAUUUAUUUAUUUAUUUAUUUAUUUAUUUAUUUAUAUAUUUAUUUAUUUAUUUAGUUAUUUAUUUAUUUAUUAAGGCACUUGUUUAAAAAGUUUUCAUGUGAAUGUCCAUCAGUACUUUUUUUGAAGAUAGGCCUCAUUGAUCAAGCAAUAAGCAAACAAUGGUUUAAGUUUGUUUCAGAGGCUGGGAAGCAAAAAUCCUUCUUAAAAACUCAACUAUAUUGAAUUAAUCUGGGGUUUAAUAAUUGGCCAAAGGGUCAUUUAGGCUCCCUGAACCUCCAGAAGACCUGUUAAAACAUUUUUUUUUUUAUGAAACCUGAAAUAAACCUGCCUGUUGUAGCGUAAACUCUGUGUUCAAUUAAUAAAUAUAUUUGUUUUAAGAAGAGGGUCUGAAAUGCAUUUAUUUUCUUCACUUUAAUUAUACUGCACUUUGUUUUCAGCCGACUGAUUAAGAAGUUUAGGGUAUGAUUUUCCAUGAGGAUGCUUUAGCAGCACUGUCCAGGAUUAUCAGAAGUUCUGACCUGAACAUGCAUGAUGUACUGUACACCUUUUUUUUGUUGUUGUUGUUUUUUUUUUUACACACUGACAAACAGAACCCUGUCUCUUUGUAAUUAUGUAAACAGGAUUUUAUCAUUUGGUUACAAAUCACACGCUAUGACUGUGACACUAAAAAGAUCAAUACAGUAUGUCUCUCAGGACUGUGAUUUGAUUUCUUUUUUGUAACGUCUUUACAUGUCUGCCUUCAGAAUGAUAUCUUUGUAAGUCUGACGAUUUUAUAUUGGUGAAGAAGGGUGAUUUGGCUUCAUCGCGGGUCCAUCUGUAUGUGGGAUUAUGAAGAAAUAAUGUACAGAACAGUAAAUGGUUUUCUUAAGGCUCUGCUGCUCGAGUGUUUUAUUUAGAUCAUAUUUUGUCCUUCUGUUAGAGAAACAGUUUAAGGCAAAACUCGGAUGCAGUUCUGCACUUUUAGCUGUCCAGUGGAAACGAUUUCAACCAACUCUGUAAUAUGUUUUAAGCUUGUUUUCUGCACUACUAAGAAAGAAGGACUUUUUCUAUAUAGACUCAAAUGUAAAAUAAAU